AUGAAACCCUUAAGAGACUUGGUGAUUUACCACAUAAUGAUCAGCCUGUUGGCCUCAGCACAUUUGCAAAUUUUGCCAAGCCAUUUAUUCAUUCCAAAAUUGCCAAAAUUGCUGAGAGAGCUGUAUUCUCCUAAUUCAAAAAGUGAAGAUAUUGAUAGGGUUUAUCAGAACAAAAUUUCUGAGGCAGACAAAGAUUUCAUCGAGAGAAGCACCAGGGCACAAGCUAACUCUUUAGCAUGGCAUGACAUGAGGGUUGGCCGCAUCACAGCAUCAAUUGCACAUAGUGUGCUGCAUACCAGUAUGGAAAAACCCUCAAAAUCUCUCAUCUUGAAAAUAUGCACACAAGGUCCAGAAAUAAAUACCCCUGCCAUUUUAUGGGGUACAAACAAUGAAGAAAAUGCAUUCCAGGCCUUAACUAAGAAAUUGAUGAAAAGUCAUCAAAACUUAAAAACAAGGAAAACAGGAUUGAGACUCCAUCCUGAAUUUGAUUUCAUUGGAGCCUCUGCAGAUGGUCUGGGAACAUGCGAUUGCCAUGGAGAUUUUUUGAUAGAGAUCAAAUGUCCUUUCAAGCACAAGGAAAAGCCAACAAUCAUCUCUUGCGUCACAUAUAUAUCUUUUUGUAUUGGUGAUGACCUGAAUCUCAAAGAAAAUCAUCCUUACAUGGCACAAGUGCAACUGCAAAUGAAUGUGUAUGGAAUCAAGCAUUCGUACUUUACAGUCUGGAAUCCUCAAUUCUGCUUUUUUACACAAGUUGAGUAUGAUAAGGAGUUUGAUCACCGUUUACAAACAUUGGUGGCAUUUCACAAACGUCACAUCGCACCAGAGCUGGUUACAAGAAAACUGGAGCUACAAAUUGAUGAAACAGAGCACAAGAAAAAUACAAAUGAAUUAUUUUGUGUCUGCCAACAACCUGAAUGCGAGGGAGAUGAAAUGAUAGGGUGUGACAACCCAUCUUGCAAAUACAAGUGGUUUCACUUUACCUGCAUAAAACUAAAUAGAGCUCCAAAGGGGGGUUGGUAUUGCAAAUUUUGUAAGAAAACAACAGAAACAGAAAGCAGAAACAAAAUAAGAUGCCAACUUCAAAUCUGUUUAUUAAUAUAUGUAUAUAACAUGAUUAGCUUUUCAAACAGAGGCCAGUAAAAUCAGUUGAGUUUCAAGAAUUAGGUCAAUUAACAUUUUUUUUCUCAUUUCUUUUCUUCUUUGUAGACAAUGCUUGGCAUUAGGUUUGUUAGGGAUGCUCAGACAGUUACCAAUUUCUCAAUGUUUGGAGUUUCACCUUUGACUUCAUUUGAUUGACUCUUUACUAGAUUAAUUGGGAGAGAUCCUUGUGAGAGAAUUCCAAAUCGCUUUUUCAUAUUACCAAUCACUCUCUCUACAUGAAUACGCACAUUUGCAAUUUUUCUUGUUGUUUCCACUUCCUUGGCACUUAAUUGUUUUUUUUCCUUUUGUGAAAGCUGGAAUUAUAAGUUCAGCACUACAUAGAGCAGCAAAGUCAUCUUCUAGAGUAAAACCCCUAUCUGCCAAUAUCUGAUCCCGAGGGUGGUGGUAGUUUGAGCUUAUAAACCCAGAAUCACGUACAAUUUGAUUGUCUGUGCUUCUGCCACCCCAUGCAGGAGAUAAAAAUGUGAUUGCUCCUAGUGGAUUGGUACAUAUCAAAAAUUUUACUGUACUAUGCUUCUUGUAAUUGGAGUAAACUUGGGCUCUUGCUUUGAGAUUAGUUGGACGCUCAACAAAUAUUUCAAAGCAAUCAAUGAUGGAUGUUAGUCGUGGAAAAUUUGCCUUGAAAACUGGAGGAAUAGUUUGACGUAUAUUCUCUCUAUCUGGCCAAUGUAU